CUCUAUGACGACGCGGUAAAGAUGGAUUUGAGUUUUGAAGACUCAAACAGUAACAGUAUGCCGUCGAUGUCAAAUCCAUACCGGCCGAUGGAUGUCCGGGUGGCAGAGGAUGUCCACAAGGCACGGAAGAACAAAGAGGAUAAAUACUGUGGAGUGUGUGGCGAUCGCGCCCUUGGCUACAACUUUGAUGCCAUUUCUUGUGAAUCUUGUAAAGCCUUCUUCCGAAGAAAUGCUCCAAAGGGUUUGGAAUAUUUCAAAUGUCCAUACGAAGAGAAGUGCAAAAUGGAUGUGUCCAAUCGCCGUUUCUGUAAGCGAUGUCGACUGAGGAAGUGUUUUGAAAUUGGCAUGAGGAAAGAAUACAUUUUGACAGAGGAAGAGAAAAGUCGUAAAAAGCAGAGGAUAGAAGAGAAUAGGUACACGAAAGGACAAAAAGUACGAGAAUGUGAUCGUAAAAAUCAGAUCAGUGAUGUCAGUACAUCUAAUAGCUACACAGGGAAGGUUCGCGUUCUUGAACCUGACGAGGAUUACCUCAUCAACGAAGUUGUCAACGCUUAUCGCCAGUCCUUGGAGGUCAGCAUCGACUCGGAAAUCCCACGAGAUAAUGCUUCGUUCUUGGACUUGGUCAAUAUAGCAGAGUUGAGUGUGCGAAGGGUUAUUGAUAUGGCGAAGAAAAUUAAAUCUUUCAAAUCUCUUUCUCAGACGGAUCAGAUCAGCUUGCUAAAAGGAGGCAGUAUAGAAUUGCUUAUUAUCCGCUCCGUCAUCACAUUUGAUAAAGAAAAACAACAUUUUCUGGAUCCCUUUGAUAAUGAGAGCAAUGCCAUGUCCCUUGAUCAGCUCAAGAUGGGAGAAGGAGGUGGCUUAUUCGAGGAGCACAUGAAAUUUACAAAAUCGUUAGCAAUAGAUUUGAAGGCAGAUGAAACCAUGCUUAUUCUCUUAUUGGUUAUCUCCCUUUUCUCACCAGACCGCACAAAUGUUACGGACAAAGCUUAUAUCUGUCAGGAACAAGACAAAUAUGCCUUGCUUCUUUUACGUUACAUGGAGUCUAGGUACCCCUCUAGUCUUGUGCGUUCUCUCUAUCCCAAACUUCUGAUGAAACUGACGGACAUUCGCAACCUGAACGAAGAGCACUCACAUGUUUUGCUCAAGGUUAAUCCCGAGGGUAUCCAGCCUUUGAUGAAGGAGGUCCUGGACCUAAAUGUGAAGAAUGAAGUAGCGUAAUGUGGGGAAAAAAACCCAGUAGAAAGGGUCGUGUGAUAUUUGACAGUAUCCAGCCUGGGGUAUACUGCCGGUGAAUAUACGUCUGUAUGGUUUGAUCCAUCGUCAUGACACCACUUGAAAACUGACAAAGUUUGGCGAUAUUCACAGUUCAACUAUGUGCCACAAUAUUCUGCCUUUUAAGCCAAGUGGGCAUGCAUUGUCUUGCAAUUUGUGGUUUGACUGGCAUGCCAGAAUCGGGUCAAGCUUCAUAGUUUGGUGAUGGGCUGCAGCAGGGCAAGGGCAAGGUCAAGGUGAUGUUCAGGCCCACUUUGAUAACUAUGUAUAUUAUCGUGAAACUUUUGUCUCGAUAUCAAAUAGACACCCUUCGUCCAUACGGUAAUACGUGUAAAGUCAUUUUAGUGUUUUA